CUGAACUGUCAGUCAUUUUUACGUCAAAACAAUCCUGAUAGGAAUAUGUGCGAUAAACCUUCCGCUAUUGAAUCCCAAAAUUAAUAAAAAAUCGUUUCGAGAUAGUAGCAGGAGAAACAGCCAGAAAAUAUUAUUCAUGUUUGCUAAUGAUCUUAAAUUCACUCUACAUAGUGGAGAUGAAAUACCUAUGGUUGGACUUGGUACUUCUGGUAUAACCGGAAAAUCAUUGGCCAAAGAAGUGCUGGAUUUCGCUUUGGAAGCUGGAUACCGACUUAUAGACACAUCUCCGAUGUAUGGAAACGAAUCAGACAUCGGAAAAGCUCUGAAAGAGGUUCUCCAGAAACACGGUUUGACAAGAAAGGACGUUUUCAUUAGUACCAAGUUACAUCCUGACGACCACGGAGAUAGGGCCGUCAAAGCUAUUCAUAAAUCUCUGCAGAAACUCCAAUGCGAAUACAUCGACUUAUACAUGAUCAACUGGCCAGGAGCGUAUGGGGUGAGCACCUCGAGCAAAGAGAAUGUCGUGUUGCGGGACAAGAGCUGGCAGCACAUGGUAAAGGCGGUCCAAGAGGGGCUGAUCAGGAACAUCGGCGUAUCCAGCUACACUCCAAGACACAUGAAGCAGCUGCUGCAGAACAAUCACGGCAUCAAGCCCAGCGUCAAUCAGAUAGAGUGGCAUCCGUUUUGUCAUGACAAGAAAAUAUACGAGCUCUGUCAGAAAGAGAAUAUUUUAGUUCAGGCUUACCAGUCAUUAGGAGGACCAGAUAAUAAUGAUCUUCUAGAACAUAGCGAUGUCGUUCGAAUUGCUAAGAUGUUGGAUAAGCAACCGGCACAGAUUUCUCUGGCUUGCUUUCAGGUAUUAUUGCGAUGGGCGCUUCAGCAAAAUGUGUCUGUCAUACCGAAAUCGAAAACGAAAGCGCGCAUUUUCGCUAAUAUGGAGUUGAAGUUCACCAUUCCAGAAUCCGACAUGAAAGUGCUAAGUAACUUCAAGAAGAAAAUUCGAUACGACUGGGAUCCCGAACAAAUUGUCUGAAAUUAAUAUUCUUAAUUUCUUCAAUAUAAAAGAUAGGAUCUGAUACGUAUAGUAUAGGUUGUCUUAUACAUAGCAGCUUGAAUAAUAUAUUUACACUCCAAAUGUAUCGAUUACAAAUAAAUUUUAUAAUUUAUACAGGGUGUCCCGAAAUUAGCCUCAGAAGGGACAUGUUUCGGUCUUAUAAAAGACCAUCUUCAGCCUAAUUGAAAGUUUUGAAGUUGAAAAAAUGUGAUGCUACUAGUUGUGAAAUAAAAAACCGGAUUCAUUUAUAAACUCGAUUUUUCGACUAUGGGCAUUUCACUACUAGUAGCAUCACAUUUUUUCAACUCAAACACUUCCCAGCGAGCACAAACAUCCCUGGGAUGUUUUGGG